CCCGCUCCGCCCGGGCGCUGUGGCGGCACCGCGUGCUCGGGCGCCGCUGCCCCGCUCCGCGAUGGCUCCCGGAGUUACGGCGAUCCCGGCUGGACGCAGCUGAACGGCCGCUCCCCGCUGCGGGGGGGACCCGCUCGCACCUCGCAUGUCCGCGGCGCCCGGGAAGUCGGAUGUGUACGGCCUUCCUCCCCCUCCUCCUCUCCUCCAUGGCCGUCGUGCUCCGGCUUCUCGGCCUCUCCGGGAGCGCUCCCAGCCCGGCGGGCAGCAGCGGCAGCUCCGCACGUCGCGAUCGCCGUAGCGAGGCACGGCGCGGCUGCUCCCAGUGACCGCGCCCCAGCCCGGCCAUGUACCCCCAGGGCCGGCACCCGGCUCCGCACCAGCCGGGCCAGCCGGGCUUCAAAUUCACCGUAGCCGAGUCGUGCGACCGGAUCAAGGACGAGUUCCAGUUCCUGCAGGCUCAGUACCACAGCCUCAAAGUGGAGUAUGACAAGCUGGCGAACGAGAAGACCGAAAUGCAGCGCCAUUACGUUAUGUACUACGAAAUGUCGUACGGUUUGAAUAUUGAAAUGCACAAACAGACAGAAAUUGCUAAAAGACUGAACACCAUUCUAGCCCAGAUCAUGCCUUUUCUGUCACAAGAGCACCAACAGCAGGUGGCCCAGGCUGUUGAACGUGCCAAGCAGGUGACAAUGACGGAGCUGAAUGCCAUCAUCGGGGUACGUGGACUUCCCAAUCUGCCUCUCACCCAGCAGCAGCUCCAGGCCCAGCACCUGUCCCACGCUGCCCACGGCCCCCCCGUGCAGCUGCCCCCGCACCCCUCGGGGCUGCAGCCCCCCGGGAUCCCCCCGGGCAGCGCCGCCAGCUCGGGGCUGCUGGCCCUGGGGGCCCUGGGCAGCCAGGCACACCUGGCAGUCAAGGAUGAGAAGAACCACCACGAGCUGGACCACAGAGGUGAGAGGGGCUGGGCUAAUAACUCCGUGUCCCCCUCGGAGAGCCUGCGGGCCAGCGAGAAGCACCGCAGCUCCACGGACUACAGCCUGGACUCCAAGAAGAGGAAAGCAGAGGAGAAGGACAGCAUGAGCCGAUAUGACAGCGAUGGUGACAAGAGCGACGACCUGGUGGUGGACGUGUCCAACGAGGACCCUGCCACGCCCAGGGUGAGCCCUGCCCAUUCCCCCCCGGAGAACGGGCUGGACAAAUCCCGAGGGCUGAAGAAGGGGGACGCCCCCAACAGCCCGGCCUCGGUGGCCUCCUCCAGCAGCACUCCCUCCUCCAAGACCAAGGACCUGGGCCACAAUGACAAAUCCUCCACGCCCGGCCUCAAGUCCAACACUCCCACGCCCAGGAACGACGCUCCCACCCCGGGCACCAGCAGCACCCCGGGGCUGCGGCCCAUGCCCGGCAAGCCCGGCGGCAUGGACCCCCUGGCCUCGGCGCUGCGCACGCCGCUGUCGCUGGCGGGCUCGUACGCGGCGCCGUUCGCCAUGAUGGGGCACCCCGAGAUGAACGGCUCGCUGGGCAGCCCGGGCGCCUACGCGGGGCUGCACAACCUCCCUCCGCAGAUGAGCGCCGCCUACGGCCGCGCCCCCAUGGUGAGCUUUGGAGCUGUGGGGUUCGACCCGCACCCCCCCAUGCGAGCCCCGGGGCUGCCCUCCAGCCUGGCCUCCAUCCCCGGAGGGAAACCGGCGUACUCGUUCCACGUCAGCGCGGACGGGCAGAUGCAGCCGGUGCCGUUCCCGCACGACGCGCUGGCGGGGCCGGGCAUCCCGCGGCACGCGCGGCAGAUCAACACGCUGGGGCACGGCGAGGUGGUGUGCGCCGUCACCAUCAGCAACCCCACGCGCCACGUCUACACCGGCGGCAAGGGCUGCGUCAAGAUCUGGGACAUCAGCCAGCCCGGCAGCAAGAGCCCCAUCUCCCAGCUGGACUGCCUGAACAGGGAUAACUACAUCCGCUCGUGCAAGCUGCUGCCGGACGGGCGCACGCUGAUCGUGGGGGGCGAGGCCAGCACUCUGACCAUCUGGGACCUGGCGUCGCCCACGCCGCGCAUCAAGGCCGAGCUGACGUCGUCGGCGCCCGCCUGCUACGCGCUGGCCAUCAGCCCCGACGCCAAGGUGUGCUUCUCGUGCUGCAGCGACGGCAACAUCGCCGUCUGGGACCUGCACAACCAGACCCUGGUCAGGCAAUUCCAGGGCCACACAGACGGUGCCAGCUGCAUAGACAUCUCCCACGAUGGCACCAAGCUGUGGACGGGGGGCCUGGACAACACAGUUCGCUCCUGGGACCUGCGGGAGGGGCGGCAGCUGCAGCAGCACGACUUCACCUCCCAGAUUUUCUCCCUGGGGUACUGCCCCACGGGGGAGUGGCUGGCAGUGGGCAUGGAGAGCAGCAACGUGGAGGUGCUGCACCACACCAAGCCUGACAAGUACCAGCUGCACCUGCACGAGAGCUGCGUCCUCUCCCUCAAAUUCGCCUACUGUGGGAAGUGGUUUGUGAGCACCGGCAAGGACAACCUGCUGAACGCCUGGAGGACACCCUAUGGAGCCAGCAUCUUCCAGUCCAAGGAAUCCUCGUCAGUGCUGAGCUGUGACAUCUCUGCAGAUGACAAGUACAUUGUCACAGGCUCUGGGGACAAGAAGGCCACAGUCUAUGAGGUCAUCUACUGAUGCUGGAGCCCCAGGGGAGCCCCAGCUCUGCCACACUCGGAUUUAUUUGGAAAUCUGCAACUCUGGCACACAUGGAAGCCCUAAAUGGAUUUUUAUUUGGUUUUCAAAAAGCUUUUUUGGGGUUUCUUUUGAAUAUAUUUUUUUUUUUCCUGGUUCUAUCCAUCUGGCUUUGGUGGCACUAUAAAGGACUCCUUUUUUUAAUGGGACUUUUAUUUUUUUUUUUUUGGUGCAUCCAGCAUAAGACUUGUGAAAAAUGUAAAUACUGGACUAGGAAAUAGCAUGGGAAGGGGGGACCCUCCCAGUACACUUAGUUGUGUAUUUUUGUCUGCUGUAAUUGUAUCCCACU